AGCCGCAGAGCAGCUGGAUUUGCGUACAGGUGCGUUUCCGGCUCCCGCCCUCGUUUGACUGUCAAACCAGGCGGCAGGUCUCCAGUCUCCGCCCUGCGUUCCCCGGCCGCGUCCAGUCCGAGAGAGGAGGUUCAGGGUGGGUGAACUCAGGAGUGCCUGAGCUCCGCGGAUAGCCGACUAAACACCCAGCCUCCACCGGCGACCAGAUCCACUCAGCGGGCAUUUCCCCCCGUUUAACGCCGGUCUCCAUCCUCUGUCCGCCGGUUGCGCACAGAACCAACCCGCGGUGCUCUGCGGCAGGCCUGAAGCAGCGACAUCAUGGCCGAGUUGGACGUCCCACAGAUGAAGAGGGAGGUGGAAAGCCUUCAGUAUCAGCUGGCGAUUAACAGAGAGAAGUCUUCCAUCACUGUUACCGAGCUGGUGAAGUGGAUUGAAGGGUGUGUUUGUGAAGAUCCAUUUCUGAACCCUGAGCUGAUGCGGGCCAACCCCUGGGUGGAGAAGGGCAAGUGUGUGAUCCUGUAAUGAUCACACACACACACACACACACAAAAUCUGAAGAAACAUGCACUUCCACACAACCUCGCUGCACUAACUCGCUCUCACCGUCUCUCACACACACACGCGCUCAAACACAUCACUGUUUUUAUUUAUAUGGAGAAAACCCAAAUGCUGGUAUUUGCUUGGACCAGUGUGUGUGUGUGUGUGUGUGUGUGUGUGUGUGUGUGUGUGUGUGUGUGUGAGUGUAAAUCACUGAGUAGCUUUCUACAAGUUUGAGCAAUGUUCUUUUUAUUGGCUCUUUACACUGUCAAUCCAAAUAAAGACUGUUUUGAACAAAGAA